GGUCAGUUUUCUUAAUGACUUUCCAACGGAUAGUCAGGUAGACAAAAGAACUCUUUUGUUUCAUUAAAUUUCAUGAUUUUAUUGAGUGUAUUUAAAUAAGUGAGAAAGGUGAGUGGCAUGGGAUAUAAAAUUUAAAGGACCUGUUUAAAUACAAAGGAUUUGUAACAGAUGGCAGAAGUCUCAAACGAAGUUUCACCAACAUAUUUCGUACGUGGAAGCAGAACAAGAAGAUCGUUUCGUAUCCGUCACCGGUAUAAUUCCAAGCUACCCCCAUCAGCGAUUUUAUUCAUGAAGACAUUGGAGAAAUAUAAAGUUGAUGAAAGUAAUUCAUUGAGGAUAAGAACAAAGCUGUGCAGUAAUUUGAAAGCAACACAAACUAUGAUCACUGAAGAUUCCUUCUCAGAGGACUUUUACGAUCCAUUAGCUGGUGAUGACGAACCUUUGAUCAACAAAAAUCCUGCAGCAAACAUGAAGCGUCGAAAGUGUAUCAAGAAAGAUUAUUCUACUAAAAAUAGUAAUAAGAUGAGCAAAAUCAUAAGUUUCUUUCUGAAGUAA